AUGGAUUGGUAUGCUCGCGAUGUGGCUAAGUAUGAGAGUUACAUAGAUGCUGCAUUUCGUUCGUCUAAAACAAAUGAAGCCUAUAUAUUCAUGAAGAACGAGUAUGUGCUACUAAACUAUGCUCCAGGCACGACAAAUGACAAGGUGUUGAAUGGACCGCUUCUUAUCUGUGAUGGAUACCCAUCCCUCACAAGCACAGCCUUUGCAGAACAUGGAAUAGAUUGUGCUUUUGGGUCUCAUCAUGGGGAUGAAGCACUCAUCUUCUCUAGCAAUCUCUGUGCACAUAUUAAUUACACACCACACGCCACAAAUGACAAGAUAAUCAGAGGCCCGAUGACCAUCACUGCAAUGUUCCCCUUCUUCAAAGGGACGGCAUUCGAAAGCAGCGUAGAUGCCGCAUUUGAGGCAACAACAAAAUAUGAAGCUUACCUCUUCAAAGACAACCAAUAUGCUCUUAUAAACUACGGUUCUAAUUCCCGCCUCAUCGCCAUCCGUCUCAUCGCUAAUGGCUUUCCUCGUUUGAAAAACACAAUCUUUAAAAGUGGAAUUGAUGCAGCGUUUGCUUCGCACAGGACUAAUGAGGCAUACCUAUUCAAAGGAGAUUCCUACGCACUCAUUAGCUUUGCUCCUGCCACCCUAGACGACUACAUCAUUGAUGGCGUGAAGAAUAUCCUUCCCAAUUGGCCCUCUUUACGUAGGAUCUUGCCUCGAAAAAAUCGUGGUCUUGACGUUCAUGAUCACGCUAAACCUGAUGCUGACCGUGACCACGAUGAACUUUAAAAAGUCAGUCUUAUGUGCCAAAGUGUGAAUGGCAUACUUUAAAAAGUCAGUCUUAUCUUUAGUUGGAAUAAUUAAGGAUGUAGUGGAGAUUGGGGUUAUCUUAUCUUCUCCUCCUUGAACCACCUUAUCCUCUAGCUUAGGCUAGAGGUUCUUUGGAUUAUUUUAUCUUUAAAUUAAGUCAAUAAUUUGUAAAC